AUGGAGCCAAUCUACUCGCGCGAUGAUUGCAUCGCCGCGAUUCGUGACUUCUACGACUUCUUGGGCAAGAUGUUCUUGGAUGUACCCGCGUCCAUCAUUUACCCACCUCCCGGCGGUUGGCCCGACAUGACUCCCGAAGUCAUGGAUUGUCUGGGCAAAGAUCCAAAAGUCAUAGAUUUGCUGCGUCAUCUGCCAUUUCCAGAUGACCAGCCUUAUACAGCGCGGCCAGAUUGUUUGCCCGGCUGCCGGUUCUAUGCCUGGAAAACUUCGGCGGACAAGCUGAAGGAGAGGAAGGCAGAUGGAGAAGAUUUGCUACUCGCAACAGAGGGUGAAGAAGACCAGUUUGGCGGCAAGAUUCCUAAAUACUGCGUGGGCCUUACGCACGCUCUCAAUAUCAGCGAGCACGUAAUGCUGUUGGACAUCAAAACUGGGCUGGUGUAUUGGAUGAACUGCCCAGAGGAAAUCUUGAAGGCGUGCGAUCCUCAGCCAUCACAUCUGGUGGAUCAGUCUGAGAGCGAAGCAAAAGCGGAACAAGAAAGAAGCGCCGCUGUUGCAGAGGGACAAGAGGAUGACGCCGAAGAUUCAGACGACGAGGAUAAUGAGCCUAGCGAUUCCGAGGACGAUGAUGAGUCGGAAGACGUGGAAUGGGGACCCUGCUGGCCGAUUCGUCAAUUCUUCAUCAUGUUGAAGAACCACUUCAUCAAGCUGAACUUCAUUCCUCAUAGUAGUUCGCGCAUCAUUCAAAUCUGGACCGAGCGAUACACCGACCAUGAACAAAUCCCAAAAGGUGUUCCGCAAUUUCUACAGUCUAUAUAUCACAAACAUGGGUGGCCUAAUCUAGAGGUGUAUCAGAAAGAGGCGUGUUUGGCAGAGCUCAAGGAAGCGACAGGAACUAAAGGUACUAAAUACUACAACCUCAAUCAGUACUACCAGAACCGUGAAUACUAG